AGGAGUGGUGAGUUAAAGAACUGUGCUAACAGAGAACAGGCUGGAAGAAAGGAAAGAGGAAGAGACUGCAGGGAGGGACGAAGUCAGAUGGUGUCUGGAGGAUGGAAAGCAGGGCUUCAGGCAACACCCAAGAAGAGUUUCUGUCAGGUGAUUCCCAGCAGGAGUUGCCGUUAGAACCCAAAAUGGAAGAACAGGAGCCUGCAGGACUGGAAUCGCAGGAGAAUUCAGAGGCGGGACCGAGGGACCUUCACGUUGUCCAGAUUGGGGCCACCGGGGAGUUGCUGGAAGGGGCAGCUCCACCGCAGUUUAAACGGGAACCCGAAGACCAGUGCUGGGAAAACCAGUUGCAGGAUUUCUUGAAGACGAUGCACCCGCCUCAGUCAGGAUGGAGGAACCCCCCACAACCUCCUCACUACUUACCAGAAGAAGACACAAAGUAUUUCCAAACUUCAUUCAAGAGAUCAACCGAUGACAGCCCGUGGCCCAGAGCAGAGAGCAUGGGUCAAGCACUGCCGGGCCUCAGCAGGGAAGACAGCAAUGCCUAUGAAAGCAGCCGGGAGCCAUCUGUGAAAGUGAAAGAGGAGGUUUUAGACGAAGACCCGGUCAAUGCGGAGCUGCGGCGCCAGCGCUUCAGACUCUUCUGUUACGAGGAAGCCGACGGGCCCCGAGAGGUUUGUAACAAGCUCUGGGAGCUCUGCCACCAGUGGCUGAGGCCGGAGACGUACAGCAAGGAGCAGAUCCUGGAGUUUCUGAUCCUGGAGCAAUUCCUGACUGUUCUGCCCCAGGAAAUGCAGAGUUGGGUCAGGGGCCAUGAUCCUGAGAGCUGCACUCGGGCUGUCGCCCUGGCAGAGAGUUUCUUGCAAGAAUCUGAGGAACCGGAACAAAAGGUGGCAGGAGGCUUGGAGAAAGCCUUUAGUUCCCCCAAGUCCGAUCGUUCCUCACCAGACAUCCUGAAAAUGCACCUGCGCAUGGAUGAAAAACAGGAGGCUGACUGGGAAGCUACCAUGUCUGGCAAUGAGCAAACACCAGAUGAUGAAGAGGAGACGUUUGAGGGGGACCAACCUGAUCAAGUGGGUAUUGCGGGAGGAUCACUGGAAAGGUCCAAAGGGAAAUGUUUCCAGGGUCCUGAUGCAGAAGAGAGAGCUGGAGGUCACCAGGGACCAGAAAAUCAUCAAGAAAUCUCUCCUGGAAAGGCAGCAAAACUUUGUGAAGAACCCGAUAGAGGGUUACCAGAAAGCACCUUCCAGGAGGGAAUCCGCAAGCUUGCCAAUUCAGGGGAGAGCCCCUGUCGGCGCUUUGGCCCCCAGGAAAUGCACGUAACCGAUAAACCCCAUAAAUGCUCCUUUUGUGAGGCAAGCUUCUACGAGAGAACACACUUGGUCAUUCAUGAGAGAAUCCACACUGGAGAGAAACCUUAUAAAUGCUCUGUGUGCGAGACAUGGUUCUCUCACCCCUCGGAGCUGCUGAGGCACGAGGAAACCCACAUGCCUGAGAAGCCCCACAAAUGUGCUGUCUGCGGCAAAAGCUUCAAUCAGAAAGCAUCCCUGAUCACCCACGAGCGAACCCACACAGGGGAGAAACCAUAUGAGUGCUCUGAGUGUGGGAAGAGCUUUAGCACGAGCUCCCAGCUGAUAACGCAUAAGCGAGUCCACACAGGCGAGAAGCCAUACAGUUGUUCCUAUUGUGGCAAAAACUUCAACCAGAAAGCAUCCCUGAUUACCCACAAGAGAACCCACACAGGAGAGAAGCCGUAUGAGUGCACGCUGUGUGGGAAAAGCUUCAGCGCUUGCUCCCAAAUUAUAAAUCACAUAAGGGUCCACACAGGAGAGAAGCCGUAUGAGUGCUUAGAAUGUGGAAAGCGCUUUGGAAGCAGCUCCCACCUGACUGAUCACAAAAGAACCCACACAGGCGAGAAGCCGUACAAAUGUCCCGACUGUGGGAAGAACUUCAGUCGAAGUUCCAACCUUACGGCACAUAGUAGAAUCCACACAGGAGAGAAGCCAUAUAUAUGCUCAGGUUGUGGCAAAAGCUUCAGGCAGAAGGCAUCCCUCAUCACCCACAAGAGAACCCACACGGGAGAGAAGCCCUUUGAGUGCUCUGAGUGUGGGAAAAGCUUCAUUUCGAGCUCUCGCCUCGUAAGCCAUAAAAGGGUACACACAGGAGAGAAGCCGUACGAGUGCUUAGAGUGCGGAAAAUGUUUCAUUUCCAGCUCCCACCUUCUAAGCCAUAAGAGAGUACACACAGGAGAGGAGCCGUAUAAAUGCUCAUAAUGCAGGAGACUCUUGUGUUAUUGCGCUGCCCUUCAGAUACGGGUCGGUUCACACAUAUACCCCGGUCAGGAAUCCUGUAUACCAGGGAUGACCAACUUCUAGAAUCUCGGGAACUACUCUGUUCUCUAGACAACAUCCUGGAGAGUACAAGAAUGGUCAGCAGCACCAUGGUAAAGUUGGCACCUUUUAGCAGUAAGGGCUUCACAGUAAAGGUGCAUGAACAUACUCUAACCUACGGAUAUGUGCAUUUACGUAUUAUAUGCCAGACCCCAAAGAGAGAUGUCACAAGCGUGGAUUCUCUCUAACUUACAAUUUAAAAACAGUUUUGAUAGUACCCGAUACAUUUCUUCUAGGGGCCAGGCCCAGACUGCUGGCUUACCAGUUGCCUACAUCACCUCUUUAUGUCAGGGCACAAUCAGUGUGAUGCAGGCCAUGUGCGUCACCGUGGGUUGAGGCGUAACCUUGACCUGUAUUUUUCCUUCCCACAAAAGGUGAAAGGACAGAGUAUGCAAAUUGAGCGUGUGCACUCACCACACCAAUGCCACCUGAGCAUCCAAUAUGUAGUGUGAGGGGCACAAACUAGAUGGCUAGAUGGACCAAUGGUGUUACUCAGUAGAAGGCAGCUUCAUGUGUUUGUAUGUGCUCCCCGUGUGUACGUGAUUCCCAGCCGGCAAAUGUGUGAACCAGCCCAGAAACACAAGAAUCCCUGUAUGUAGUACCCAAAGGGAGCUCAAAGUAAAGUUUUAUAAGCAGGCAGAGGGCAGGAUUGUCCAUACUAUUUGUAUGUGCAGGGAAGUUUCUCCACAUUAUUUUGUCUCCCUGAGCACCUGCCUCAAAACUCACACAUGUUGCAAGGGAUUCUGGGAUAUGUUCUAGGGCACCCAAAUGGUUUGCUCAGUACCUUGGAUGGGCCUUUCAGACUAGUCUGUAGCCCUGUGGGUUCUCAGCUCUCAUUCACAUGUGACAGGCAGCAGAAUUAAUAAUGAGGUGGUAGAAUUAAGGUUGCCAACGGCUGAAGAAUAUGUCCUGUUCCUUUAAAUAAAAGCUUAAUGCAUGGAAAUGGGUAACUGAAGCUUUUCAUGGCCUGCUUGAUAAAUAACAUCCCACUAUGCCUCUUUUAAAGGGACAGGACCUUUUUCUCCCAGCCUUCUGGCAACCUGAAGUGGAAUGGACAGCUCCACUUCUAACACAUUUUGAAAUGCUCCCUUAUGUUUAAAAAAGAAAUCUCCCUACAAAUAGAAAACAGUGUGGCAAGCAAGGGGGGGGAGUAGAACCUUCUCCCCUGCUGUGCUAGUUUUCCCCAUGGAUGCAUGUUUCAAGGGCUGUGAAAGAUCAGUUAGUAGCAGACUGUCUUUCAGGGCAGCUUCCCCACCAUUACAGAUCUUUUCUUCAUGGGGCUCUGUCAAAGCUUCUGAGGAAACCCUGAAUUCCGAGGAACACAAAAAGCAUAGCUAUAUGGAAGUAAUGGAAGCAUAACUUGGAAAAGCUGGUGGGGCUAUAUGUUUGCAGAGUUAGAAAAUAUUUUUGGAAUAGACCUGGACCCUGUAUAGUUAGAUUCCCCUCUAUCUGCACCAUUGCUGACUCUUACAAGUGAGUGAGUCCACACCUGACACAGUUAACCCUUCCACCAUCACCACGAAGUCUAGUUUUAUUCCUGUGAUUAGCCACGUGCAUGCACCAAGCCACACCUUCCACUCUCCCUUUUCUGCCCCAACUGCCUGUGUGUGUAUUUUUGCAUGCUUCCUGUGAGGCCAGGACUUGCCUCAUGCAGGUAACAGCAAAAGGCAUAUGUUGCAGGCAAGAAGAAACCAAAAUGGCUUCCCUCCACACCCACCUGCUCCUUUCUAAACAGGCUAGCAUUCUGGAAGGGUCAUCCUCCAACGUUUGCAAAGUCAGACCGGGGUGCUUGCUAAGUACCUUGCCUCAGAACCUGUCCACGCCAGGCCCAAACUAUUUCCUGUUGCUGUCCAGAACUGAGGCACAUUCCUGCCAACCUGUUUGGUCUCCCAUAAUUUGGGAAAGGGAAGGGCAUGUUUGCACUACAAAGGCUUGGUUCGGCAAGAGCAUGAGGUGGUAGAACAGACCGCACCACUGCAGAGUGCCAGUGAUGGAUCACUGUUUUGGAAAGCUCCCUUCCGUUUAAAAAUUCCCUCCAGAUAGAAAACCAGCAUAGCAAGCAAGGAGAGAGAGAACAUCUCCAUUUGCUGAGCCAGUUUCCUUUUGUGGGGAGUUUUUUUAUGCAAUGGAACGUUCAAAGCUGGAAUCCUACAUCUGACAUGGGGCGAUCCAUUCUACUGCUUCAGGACUCUGCCACCGUCAUUCUCUGGCAUGUGUGAACCAGGCCUACUUUUCUGUCUUAGCGGACAGAACCUUAGAACUGUAGUUACCCUUUUAAAAAAAUUCUUCCCUUACUCCAAGGUAAGAUUAGUUUUUCCCUCCCUGUUUUCUAGUCACAACAGCCCUCUGAGGUAAGUUAGGGUAAGAGAGCAAAUGGCUAAGAACACCCAGGGAGUUGUUUGGCUCUGGGGAUUUGAACCAUGGGUGUCUCAGUUCUACUCUGACACCACACUCAUUUACAGUGAUAGAAUAUGCAGCAUGGAGGGGGGCAGCUGUGAUAGUUAAACAGAUACCAAACAAGAAUAAAUUCGUAGCGCAGCUGUACCUAGAGGUAUGAUGCUGCCAAAUAUGGAGGCUUCAUUUUUCUGCUGUCGCCAAUGAUAGCAAAUAAUUCUGCAAAGGGCUUAUAUGAAAUAAGUCUUAGCACUUUUAUAAAAUGGCUGUUAAGUUUUUCGGAGGGAAAGUGGACUUAGUCCCUUGCUGGGAUGGUUUUCUAGCAGCAAGAAUUUUUUGUGGAAAAGAUUAGUCAAAAAGUUGGUACAUACACCUCCAUUUGAAAAACACACACUCAAACAGUGAAUGCAUGUGUGUGAGAGUUACCUUCUACAGUAGGACGAGGUAGAGUUUGGACUCAUCUUACUGGGCUGUUCCACUUCAGACAACAAGUGGAGCUUGUCAGCUUUCACUGUUGCAUGGUAAACAAAACAGUUGUGCUUCUGUGCUAGUUCUCUACACUCGGGGUGCUUUUGUUACGGAAGGGGAUCAUUCAAACUUUUUUUUUAAAAAAAUAUUAUUUAUAUCCUACCUUUCUCCCCAGUGGAGCCUCAAAAGCAGCUUACAUUGUUCUCAUGUCAUCCAUUUUAUUCUAAAACUGCCCUGAGAGGUAGGUCAGGCUGAAAGUGUGUGACUGGCUCAAGGUCACCCAGUGAGCUUCCGUGGCAGAUUGGGAUUUCAAACCUGGAUCUCCCGGAUCCUAGUCCAACACUCUAAUCACAACACCAUCUGAAGUGGUUCUACCUGCUGUGCAGCAUGAAGUGUCUACCAUUUCAUUCCGCUGCAUACAUAGACCAGCCCAGGGACUGUGCAGUGGAAAGAACUGGGAAAAGAGAGCAAAUGGCCAAAAAAUGGUUGCUUCUAUGUGCCUGUGUGAAAGAGAGAAGUAGAAUGUAAAGAUGAGAUGAGGCAAAAUCCAGGAAUUACUCUCAAAUGUGUUUUAUUGCUAAAUAGCAGGGGUGGAGGGAGGAUUUGGGGCAGGAAAGCAAUGGAGUGGGGGCUAAACUUUACCUCUGUUUCCCAUUCACAAGUCUUCCAGAGUCUCAUCUAAUCUGAUCCCCGAGCCCUAGUUCACACCUAACAGCACAUCCCUUGAUGAUGGCCUGGUCCAUACAAGAGGAAGAAGGGGGUCUUGGAAGUACAGUGGACCAUACCAUUUUUGAUUGCAGGGGUGAAAUGCCAUUUUGGGAAGUGAAACAUUCCCUUAAAAAACUAGCACCACAGGGAGGGAGCUAUAACUCAGCUGACACUCUUCCCUAAGGAAAAUUUUUAUGCAGGUGAACAUUUCUUUCAAAAUAAUUAUUUCCUCACUUGCAGUCUGAAACAGUACAUCCAUGCCUCAAUGAAGGAACAGAAUUAGUUGUCAAAGCAUUGAGUUUGUGGUGAUGGGAGGAGGGGGUUACGUUUUAACUGCUGUGCCAGGGUGAGUGGUUACGUGCGGGGUAAAUGGUUGUGUUACAAGGCCAGGUCUACACACGCAGCAAAAACCUGAGGUGGUAAAACCAUGCUUGAAGGGUGGGGGGGGGGUCAAGCUUUGGAAUGCUCCCUUGUGUUUAAAAAUUCCUCGCAAAUAGAAAACCAGCUCAGCAAGCAGACAGGCUCCGCUAGGAUCACUGUCUUCUUACAAAUCAUAGGAUUUGUAGUCGGAAAGGGGGCAGUCUAAAAGAGGAAACUACCAAUUCCCCACCCCCGCCCCCCACAUACAUCAUCCUGCAGAGAUGGAAGUGGGGGCUCUGGGUGGGAAUGAAGGAAGGAAAAAAUUAAAAAUCUACACACACAUCUAAUCUAUGCAUGUGUGUGUUCACACCUGUUACUAUGAGGUGUAACACAUUCAGGCCACAGUAUCCUUCUUUACACAAGUUACGAGGAGGCAGAUCUCUCCCUCUCUAUCUCUCCACCCUUCUCAAUCGCCUAGGAUUGCCCCAUUGCUGUGGAGCACUUGUGAUACAAAUUGGAAAUACGAAAGUAAAAGUAUGAAGGGUUAGGGUAGAGUUGCAAACGGGCCUGAAGAAAAAUGGCCUGUAUCUUUAAUCUUGGCGAAAUGUGUGGAUUUUCAUGACACAGAAGUACAUUACAUUGGACCUUGGAUGUCACUUCCAACCUUAUGAUUCUACAUCAUUGAUAACAUCCCAUGGAGUCUCUAUUAAAGGGACAGAUUUUUUUUCUCCAGGCAGUUGGCAGCCCUAGUUAGGGAGAAUCACACGCCCUCGACACAUAAUAAACAUUGAGCGUGGGACUCUUAAUCUGGAGAGCCGGGUUUGAUUCCCCCCUCCUCCACUUGAAGUCAGCUGGGUGACCUUGGGUGAGUCACAGCUCUCUGGAGCUCUCUCAGCCCCAUCCACCUCACGGUGUUUUGUUGUGGGGAUAAUGAUAACAUACUUUGUAAACCGCUCUGAGUGGGCAUUAAGUUGUCCUGAAGGGUGGUAUAUAAAUAGAAUAUUAUUAUUAUUAGGUACUUCGUCUUUGCCCUUUCCCUCCGAGGGUAUCAGGGAAACAUACAAAACUGAGAGGAGUAAUUUAAUUUGAUCGUCCCCAAAACCCUGUGAGGUAGGACAGACUAUGAAUAACUUAAUAAGUUCCAUAGGUGAGGGGCAAAUUCGACUCAUGUCUUCCCAAUCCAUAAAACUAGCUUUGCAGUACUUUGGCGAAGAAUUACAAGGCACUCUCUGUGUGCCUCUCCUCCAUAAAGUUCUGUGAUAAAACAGCUCAGUUAAUAACUAGGCUGGGUUAUUAGGUAAGUAGAUUUUUAACUGCUUUGGGACAGUUUCAAAAGGGAAGAUGGUUUUAAAAGAAUAUAGCUGGCUGAGGCCCUCCACAGGAAGAUACAGCUGCCUCUUCCAUGACUGGAAGUCUUGUUUUCCACAGCAAUGCUUAGCCCUGUGAUAUGUGUGGAUGUUUCAGAGCACACACACAUUGCAGCCCCCCUCACUACUAGCAACAGCCUAUCCUUACACGCCUGGGAUCAGGGUGCGGGGCUUCCAUGCAAAGUUGAGCCCUCUCUUUAGACCGUAAUUGGCUGCCUUCCUUUGGCCUCGUCACAUAUAAAUUCCUCCACUUUCCACGUCUGUUUCUAUCCCUUAAUGUGUAUGCAUGUCCGCUAUUCACAUGAAGACAGACAAAUGCCACUUCCUUCCCAUGACUUUGUGAAUCUGUAGUUGUAAAUGCAUUAAAAGAAAUUUAAAUUU